CCGAAAUUCCGAUACACCUUCCCUCCCGCCGAUCAACCCGUUGAUUUUCCGCCGCCGCAUAACAACAAUAAUAAUAAUAAUAAUAAUAAUAAUAAUAAUAAUAAUAGUAAUAGUAAUAGUAAUAAUAGUAAUAAAUAAAUUAAAUUAGUCCGAUUAGUGUUUCCGUGUGCCAAACCGCGGUGGUUUUCCGUGACAGCAACACUCGACUGGACGCGCGCGCGCAACGGUCGUUCGAGCGUUCCCGAAUUCCGAUCGGUGUACGUACGUUUAUUAUAUUAAAUCGUUUUCCGUUAAUUGAAUGUCGUCGGUCACCGUACGUCUAUGAUGCCCACGAGAACUGAAAACGGCAUCGCCAGACAUCAAAUACUGGCCGCCGUGGAUGCCAUUGUCGGAGAACGCCAAUGGAACUUGGUGCCAUCCUGAUCUAUUAGGCGGACUCGUUCGCCAGGUCCACCGCAACAAAAGUGCUUCCCCAGUGUUUUGUUAAUUCGUUAAAUAGUAUUAAUUAUUAUAUGAUAUAUUGCUCUUUUUGUUUUUUUUUUACCUACCAUAGGUACCUAUUAUAGUUGUGUUAUAUGUAUUUGUUUUGUUUCUGUACUUAGACCGAUGUAAUUUGUAAUACAAAUAUUAGUGAGGUUGUGAAAUUUUAGUUAGUAUGUGUCGGUAAAGUGAUAUGUCGGUACGUUUGUCCAGCGGGUGCCUGCCCGCAAAUGGUGAGAAACCAUCUGCACCCACAUCAGAUAAGAUCGAUUCCAAUGGUCAACAGAACAAUUUGCAGGACCAUCAACAACUACAGCAACAACCUCGGAGUAAUAGUAUGGACUAUUUAAACUUCGAGGAGAAAAGACAAAUAAUUGCGUCUUCCUUAUCAUUAACGGAUUUCUUGCACACUAGUGGUACAGCUACUACGCCCACAUCACCAACCACUGGCAAGUUUAUUAUUGCCAAGAAGCAAAAUGGUACAGCACUUCGAACUAAUAGCUUAGGAUCAGGAACACGUACCAGUCCAUUACAAUUAGAUCGAAAACAACCAAGCAAGUUCUCUGCAUUAGGUAAACUUUUCAAACCAUGGAAAUGGAAACGAAAAAAGAAAUCGGAAAAAUUUGAAACAACAUCUAGAAAUUUGGAAAGGAAGAUCUCAGUACGAGCAAAUCGAGAUGAAUUAAUCCAGAAAGGAAUCUUGUUUUUAGAUAGUCCAAUGGCUCAAACACAUACGAUCUCUGAAUCAGAUAAUUCACCCCAACUAAAUCAAACUUCAAGUGGAACAACUACUUGUGUUACCGUCACUUCUAAUAUUGGUUCAUCAUUGCUUUUCCAACAGCAACAAAAUAGAUAUUCUAACCAAUUUAUGAAUGACUUGAACAAAGAUAACAAGACUGAAACGGUGCAAGGCCAUAAUGAGCCAGUAGAAUUAAGUUUUGAGCAGCAGCAGCAGCAGCAGCAUGUUGCUGAACAGCCUAGUAGCUCAAAACCUGAACGACCUAACUCGCUCACGGGUCCUGGUGGCACGCUCACCAGACGCCUGUUCUGUUACCAUGCACCUAAUCAGUCCUUAUUGGUAGGAUCAGGUCAGUCACCUACGAGACCUCCAAAUUCACUAUUGCCAUCAGGUUGUGAAUCUCCGAAGUUAAAUUGUGAUAGGACAUCUUCGAUGAUUAUGCCUGGACAAAAUAUGUCUCAGAUGGCCAGUGGUGUUAGGACAGGCUAUUAUCAUUCCAGCCCUAGGAUGAUGUAUAACAAUCAUCCUGGGCAUUCAUCAUUAAUGCUUUCUGAUUUACCUGAACCCCCUAUACCGGUGUCUGAAGUCGGCCCAAUACCUCCACCACCCAUGUUCAGCUCACCAGCUCAACAAUCAUACUUAUACCAACAUAACAAUCGUCAAAAUCAUCGUGCCAAUGAUAACAAUGACGAAGAAAUGGAAAUGGCAACUAAUGAAGAUGAUUAUGAUGAUGAGGACUAUGAUGAAGAAGAAGAUGAUGAUGAUGAUGAAGAAGAAGUAGAUGAUGACGACGAUUCUAAUGGAUUUAGAAUAAGAAGUCGUCACAAUUUUCCUAGUCAUAUAGAGCAGAUUCCUGCUAAAGAACCUGUUUUUAAUGCACAACCUCUUAAGUCAGCACUGAAAAAACCAUCUACACCUAAUCAAAGUCAAGAAUCAUCACAAUUGCUCAACAGAAGGGCUCCACUUAAGCCCAGGAUACGUUUUUGUGGUGCUAAUCGUCCAGUAGUGUUUGGAAUUUCACUACCGUGUUCAUUGCAAGAGAAUAAAGAAAAUGCUAGACCUAAUGAGUCUAGUGAUGAUGACAGUUCUGGUGAUGGACCUAUAUUGUACAGAGAUGAUAAUUUAGACAAUCGAUUAGCUGAAAAAAUUGCAAGGAAAGACAGUCUUGCUAUUAAAUUGGCUUUGCGUCCCAAUCGACAAGAGCUCAUUAAUCGUAAUAUUCUUCAAGUUCAGAGUGAUAAGGAGCGACAAGAGACAAAAGAAGUUAUUGGUGCACGUCUUAUUAGACGUUUGAGCAUGCGUCCAACACAGGAAGAACUUGAAGAAAGAAAUAUCUUAAAAAAACAAACUGCUGCGGAAGAAAAAAAAUUAAAAGAAGAAAAGAAACGCAUGUUGUUAAGAAAAUUAAGUUUUAGGCCAACAGUUGACGAAUUGAAAGAAAAAAAAAUUAUUCGAUUCAAUGAUUACAUAGAAGUAACUCAAGCACACGACUAUGAUCGACGUGCCGAUAAACCAUGGACACGGUUGACAACCAAAGACAAAGCAGCUAUACGAAAAGAACUAAAUGAAUUUAAAAGCUCAGAAAUGGAAGUGCAUCAAGAAAGUAAACAUCUUACCAGAUUUCAUAGACCUUGAACUUUACAGAUAUUCUCACAUGUCAUAAAGCUAAAUUUAUAUAUAUAUCUAUAAAAAAAAAAAGCAAGAAGAAAGAAUAUUAGUCAGAAUUGGCUAUUCAUUAUUUUUGUUUAGAUAAAAAGUAGGUUUUAAAUACACAUAUAUUAGUAAAUUAAAUAUUUAAAAAUCAACAAAAAUAUUUAAUAACUUAAAAAUGUAUUAAACAAUUUUUAUCAGGCGAUAGAACAAAAAUAUAAAUAUAUGAUGAAUAUUAGAAUAUCUUAUUUUGACGAGAAGCUUUUGUCCGUCCACAUAGUGAUUAUGUGCAAUAUUUAUUAUGCAAUAACUCCAAUAUAUAUUAUAAAUAUAUAUAUAAAGAAUAAUUAAAGUACUAAUAAUUACUACUUCUGCUUCUUUUACAUUCCCCCAAAUGCCCCCACCUUUUAUUAAAUAAUUUUUCGUCCCUUCUUUUAUUUAUUUUUUGUUAUUGUUCAUAAUUUCAAUAUAAAAAUAAUAUAUUGUACAAUUACCAUGUUGAAAAUAAAAGCUCAUUGUUUUGUUUGUUUUUUUUUUUUUGUAAUUGUAACUAAGAAAAGAAAUUAAUUGUAUUUAUUAAAUAUCUUAUUUAUUUUCAGAAUUAGAUUUAUUUAUUAUUAUCAUUAUUUUUAUUAUUAUUAUUAUUAUUAUUACAUGUAAAUAGUUGUAGAUUAUUUCUACACAAUGAUAUACAAUUCUCUUCCUAUACCAAUUAUUUUUUGUAGUAUAAAAUUGUAAUUGUAAUACAUUAUGUUUUUUUAACAACAAAUUAAAAAAAAUAUAUUAAAAUAA